ACGAAAGCAUGUUUACAGUUCUACUAGCUCUAGUUUUAAUACUUGCUUGUUACUGGUUAACUGCUGGAGUAUCUAGGAAACUACCUGGACCAAGGGCAUAUCCACUUAUAGGAUCAACAAUAUGGCUUAAGUCUAAAAAAGGAUGGUUUGAUUGGGCCAUGGAACCAAGUGUGACAAAAAAUCCAAUAUCAUGUGUUCAAAUCGGACCAACCAAGAACCUACAUAUCAUUAAUGAUUUUGAUAUUGCAAAGGAACUAUUUUCUAAAGACAUAUUCUCUCAUCGUUCUUGCCUUGGUUACCAACUCAAACAUAGGUUUGUGGAGGUGGAUAAACCUUCAGGUAUAAUCCUAACCAAUGGUGAGCAGUGGAGUAACCAGCGAAGGUUUGCACUAAAAAAUCUUAGAGAUUUUGGAUUUGGUAAACAGUCCCUUGAAGGGGUGAUGAAUUUUGAGAUUGAUGAAUUAAUUGAUGGAUAUAGAAGCAGGUCGGGUGAUAUACUGAUCAGUACAGAUUUCAAUAUACCAAUUAUCAGUAUACUCUGGCAGAUUGUUGCAGGAUCAAGAAUAACUUUAGAGGACUCAGAAUCUGUAAAAAUGGUCGAUCUUGUCACAGAAAUAUUUUCUAAAGGUUUUGGACUUUUAAUGAUUCUACCCUUGAGAAUAUUACAAUUUUUUCCUAAUAUAACCGGGUAUUCUGAUAGAGCCAAUAUUAUGGAGGAACACAAGGCAUACAUGUUAAAAAUCAUUACUGAGCAUGAAGCAAGCUUUCAAACCGGGCAACAUAGAGACUUUAUUGAUGUGUACUUAGCUCAGAUGAUGGCGGAUAAAACUGGAAAAUACACGAAGGGAGAUCUUUGUUCAGCAAUGUUAGAUUUUUUCCAUGCUGGGACAGAAACAUCAUCAACUAGUCUCAAGUGGGCUCUCCUCUUCCUAGCACUUAAUCAGGAGGAUCAAGAGCUGUGUAGAAAAGAGAUAAAACAAAUAGUUGGAGACACCAGACCACAGGUUUCUCAUAUGCCAGAUCUUCCAUAUACAAUGGCCACAAUAACAGAGAUACAGAGAUUAGCUAGUGUUGCUCCGAUGUCGUUACAACAUGAAACAUCGUCAAAAUAUACUCAUCAAGAUUACACAUUUCAAAAGGGAUCCCUGGUUCUGGUUAAUCUCAGUUUUAUAAUGAAAGAUCCAAAAUAUUUUGAGAAUCCCCUGAAGUUUAAUCCACACAGAUUUCUGGAUCAAGAUGGAAAAUUUGUCAAGAAUGAAAGAAUAAUCCCUUUUGGUAUAGGUAAAAGGUUCUGUAUGGGUGAGGUGUUGGCUAGAAAUGAAAUAUUUCUGUUUCUCGUAAACCUGAUACAGAAACUACAAUUUAAAACUCCGAUCACCCAUCCACCACCCGACCCUGAGAACUACUUGACCAACUUUACAAGAAUACCAGAUGAUUUUUAUAUUAACAUUACACCUGUUGUGUAGUUGGGAUAAUCAAAAAUUUAUUUAUUUGUUUUGCUUAUUAAAUAACAAGUUUCAAUGCUA